AAUGGCGUCGCGAGCACGUCCUGAUCACGCAGCGCCUCGCCUGUGAUUGGCUGCGCGUCAUCAGCCGCCAGACUGCGCUCACUUUGUUUCUGGAGCUGCUUUUUUUUCUCUUUUUGUGCCAAUGUGUAUUUUUUUUAUUAUUGUUAUUUGGCUCCGCUCAGUUAAGACAGUCUGACGCUAGACCUGGACCUGGACCCGGACCCGGACCCGGGUCUGACUCUUGACUCCCGGCUCCAGCAGCAGCAGCGGCUCGCCUCGCUGUGUCUGCCCGCUCCUCCGCCGCUAUCUACGGCUGCUGCUCCUCUCUGUGUCCCGCUUCAUGCUCAGCUUCACGGGGCGCUGCUGUCAGGUGGACAGCAUGGACACUGUGGACAGACAGCAGGGGGCGCUCAUGAAGCCCAGUCCGUGCGUUGAGUACAACGACCUGGAGGCGGCCGAGGCGCUCGUCAGCAUGAGCUUCUGGGAUCAAAGGUUGCAUAAGCCCCGCCCACUGACCCCCACCUCUGACUCAUGUGACUCCAUCCAGCUGCAGACGGAGAGCGUGGACGCUGCUAAAGACCUGAUCGCUCUGUCGUCACUGUGCAUGACUCCACCUCACAGUCCAAGCUCCUCUGAGGCCUCCGCCACCUCUGCUCCAAGCCCCGCCUCUGCUCCAAGCCCCGCCUCCACACACGUCGUACCCGGCCUGGAGCUCAGUGUUGGCUCCGCCCUCCUCAGUGACUCCCACCCUCAUGUGUCAGUGCUUCCACCUCAGACUGAGUUGUGUGUUGUGGCUCCGCCCAGCAGAGCCAUGGCCACCAGCGUCAUCCGCCACACCGCCGACAGCCUCGGUGUCCCCGUCCCUUCCUGCUCUCGUCUCACAGAAACGCCCACAUGUCCACUCACGCCUCCAGAGACAAGGGGCCGUCCUCCGUGUCCCAGCAGCCCGCCCUCUCCUCCUGCUCCUCCUCCUCCUCCACGCUCCUUCCCCGUGUCUUCCUCUUCCCAGCGGCUCUCGGCUUCUCCACUCCUCUGUCAGGUGAUCCCGGUGAGCGGGGGGGCGGGGAUGAUCUCCGCCUUCGUCCAGGCUCCAGUUCAGGUGCAGACUCCGGGGGGACCGAAGCCCAUCCUGCCGCAGGCUCCUCCCACCUUCUCUCAGCCUCUGCUGGUGGGCUCGGCGGUGCCGCAGGGCACUGUGAUGUUCGUGGUGCCGCAGCAGCACGUGACGCAGCCCUCGCAGGGCCCGCAGACUCUCAUGACCCUAGGCAGCACCAAGCUCCUCCCCCUGGCCCCAGCGCCGGUUUACAUGCCGUCAGGAGCGAGCGGCGCCUCCUCGCAUGCCGAAUUCUCCCGCCGAAGAAACUACGUCUGCAACUUCCUUGGCUGCAAGAAGACGUACUUCAAGAGUUCCCACCUGAAGGCGCACCUGCGCACACACACAGGUGAAAAGCCGUUCAGCUGUCACUGGGACGGCUGCGACAAGAAGUUUGCCCGCUCCGACGAGCUUUCCCGCCACCGGCGGACGCACACCGGCGAGAAGAAGUUUGUGUGCGGCGUGUGCGACCGGCGCUUCAUGCGCAGUGACCACCUGACCAAACACGCCCGGCGGCACACGACGUCCAAGCGGGCGACGUCGUGGCCCGCCGACACCGGUGACCUCAACAAAAUGGCCCUGCCCAAAGGUCAUAUCCGAGGCCCCGCCCUUCCUGUCAGGGUGCUCGUCCCCACCGCCAACUAACUCAGGACACUGGAGGCGGAGCUUCAGUCAGAAUGAUGGUCUGUAAGCGUAUGGCGCCCCCCUGAGGCUGAAGCGGUCGUUACACUCCAGUGACUGAUGAUGAAACAGAAACCUGGAGUUUUGAGUCUUUACAAAAAACUUUGGCACAAAAACUGCAAACGUCGGAUUUCUGCGAGAAAAUUCAAAUAAAAAAAUGAAUGGAAUUAUUUUUAUUUCUUUUUACAUCAGUACUUCAGAGAACUGCACUUUACAGUAUGUCAGUAAACACACCGAUGCUUCCCGACACUGAGGUAACUUUUUAGCCGAGUGGACUUUGAAAACGCGGUUCUCAGCAGGAAAAACUGAUUUUAGCCUCUUAAUAAAAGACUUGUGUCAUAAAAUCGCCGUCAGUCCAAGUCUACGAUAUCUACGUCACAUGAUCACGUCUGUAACCCACUCGCCCUCUCACACCAAAAGCUGUGGAUCAACAGCUCCUGUGUGUGUGAUGUUAAAAUCACUGAUCUUCUCCAUGAGGUUUGGUGUGGGAGAGUGAGUGGUUUACAGUGAGAUGAAGACGUAAUCAUGUGACGUCCUGGUUGAGAUUUUAUUACCCGCUGUAGGCACAGGACGAGGCCAGCAGGGGGAGUCCACAUCUCAGGCAGCACUGACUCUGGUGUCAGUGCUUCAGAAUCCACACAACCUUGAGUUGAGCUCAUGUGGUUGUCGGACACAGUGUCCGGCUUUGCUCAGGACAUUUUAUUCCCACACACACUCACAGAGGAGGAGGCGGAGCAGGAGGCGGAGCUGCUAUUCAUUCACACAAAACCAAUAAAGAUUUGACGUUGCACUGGAGUUUUUAAAAUGGAGCUGGUUUUUGUACUCAGUAAAUUCAUGUUUACUUCACGUGUGUGUGUGUGUGUGUGUGUGUGUAUCUGUUAGUCAACCAUAUGCACUCUUUUUUUUCUUGCCAAAGCCUCUGUGUAUUUGUGCUUCUGUAAAUACUGUAAAUAUAUUCAUAUCUAUAUGAAUGUUCUGUGUAUUCCAAUCUGCAUUUAUUGAUUGUAUGAGUUGUUGCUAUUUUAAACAUGUCAGUAUUCCUCACUGUGAUACUACCUAUUCUUUUUCUAUUUUUGUUUUUUUAUUAUUUAAUAAACAUGUGUUGAGGAAAAGUGCUUUUUUUUUUUUACAGUGUAGCCAGUAUGAAAAUACCUCAUGUUAUGAAAUGUAAUUCUUAUUAUUAAUAAUAAUAAUGAUAAUAAUAAUAACAACAGCUUUUAUCAGAAUGAUUUGCCUGUAAGUGAUGGUGAAAAAGGAAAUGACUUUUAUAAUAAUAAUAAAAAAAGACCAUCUCAAAU